AUGCGUGCCAAUGAUGAGGAUGGCAAGGGUGUGAGUGGUAAGAAUGUAAGUGGCAAGGAUGUGAGCAGCAGGGAUAUCAGUAGCAAGGAUGUGAACAGCAAGGAUGUAGGUGGUAAGGAUGUGAGUGGCAAGGAUAUGAGUGAUAAGGAUGUUAGUGGUAAGGAUGUGAGUGACAAGGAUGUGAGAGGUAAGGAUGUGAGUGACAAGGAUGUGAGUGGUAAGGAUGUGAGCAGCAAGGAUCCGAGUGGCAAGGAUGUGAAUGGCAAGGAUGUGAGUGGUAAGGAUGUGAGUGGUACGGGUGUGAGUGGUAAGGAUGUGAGCGGCAAGGAUGUGAGCAGCAAGGAUUUAAGUUCAAGGAUAGGUAAGGGUGUGAGUGGUAAGGAUGUGAGUGGUAUUGGUGAGAGUGGUAAGGGUAUGAGUGGUAAGGGUAUGAGUGGUAAGGGUAUGAGUGGUAAGAGUAUGAGUGGUAAGGGUGUGAGUGGUAAGGAUGUGAAUGGUAAGGAUGUGAGUAAUAUCGAUGUGAGAGGUAAGGGUGUGAGUGGUAAGGAUGUGAGUGGUAUUGGUGUGAGUGGUAAGGGUGUGAGUGGCAAGGGUCUGAGUGACAAGGAUGUGAGUGGUAAGGGUGUGAAUGGUAAGGAUGUAAGUAAUAUCGAUGUGAGAGGUAAGGGUGUGAGUGGCAAGGGUCUGAGUGACAAGGAUGUGAGUGGUAAGGGUGUGAAUGGUAAGGAUGUGAGUAAUAUCGAUGUGAGAGGUAAGGGUGUGAGUGGCAAGGGUCUGAGUGACAAGGAUGUGAGUGGUAAGGGUGUGAGUGGCAAGGGUCUGAGUGACAAGGAUGUGAGUGGUAAGGGUGUGAGUGGCAAGGGUCUGAGUGACAAGGAUGUGAGUGGUAAGGGUGUGAGUGGCAAGGGUCUGAGUGACAAGGAUGUGGGUGGUAAUCACAUGUUGCAAUACAUUUUCCUCACCUGA